AUGGCUCCCGCGCUUUCUCUACGCGCUCUUCUGUUGGCGAUGUUGCCAUGCACCGUCCUGGCCCACUGGCGUGUUGAUGGUCACAACCCCGUCAAGGCGUUGGCGGAGGAGAGGCGUGGCCCGAAUCGUCGCAAUAUUCAAAAGCGCGAUGUCAGCGGUGACUACCAGUACUUGACUGACAAGACUCAGAAGUAUCUUGUCAACGGCACCGACAUUCCUUUCGUCGACUGGGACCUCGGCGAGUCUUACGCCGGUCUGAUGCCCAUCUCCAAAAAGUCGAAUGAGACGCGCGAGCUGUUCUUCUGGUACUUCCCAAGCACCAACAAGGAAGCUUCCAACGAAGUCACCAUCUGGCUCAACGGUGGCCCAGGCUGCAGUUCCUUCAUUGGGCUUGUCCAAGAAAACGGCCCCUUCACCUGGUUCCCCUCCGCCUACCGCCCCGUCUACAACAUCUACUCCUGGUCCCAGCUCUCCAACAUGCUCUACGUCGACCAGCCCGCCGGCACCGGCUUCUCCGUCGGCUCCCCGGACGCCACCACCGAGGAAGAGAUCGCCCAGCAGUUCCUUGGCUUCUACCACAACUGGAUGGAGACCUUCAACACCACCGGCCGCAAGACCCAUCUCACCGGCGAGAGCUACGCGGGCCACUACAUCCCGUACAUCGGCGACGCCAUGAUCAAGUCCAACCAACCCGCCGACUACAACCUCUCCGGCGCCAUGAUGUUCAGCCCCUACAUCCGCAGCGUCCCCAACGACUUCCAGCAGCACAUCGUCACCAAGCCCUUCGUCGAGGAGUACAACAACGUCAUGGGCCUGUACCCCGACGUCGGCGACUACUGGGACCGCAUCGAGGCCGCGGACGAGGCCUGUGGCUACAAAGAGAUGCGCGAGAAGUACUUUACCUUCCCGCCCGCAGGCCCCUUCCCUCCCGGCAACAUGAGCAACGAUUGCCAAAUUUCCUCCAUUGUAUACGACGGCUUGGCUGAAGUCAGCCCGUGCUCCAACAUCUACCACAUCUCCCAGGGCUGCCCGAACCCCUCCGACCCCCUACUCUGGGCCUCAGCCGGUGACAACGCCAGCGUGCCGCUCAGCUUCGACAAGAAGGACUGGCACGGAUACCUCAACAUCCCCCAGAUGCGCAAGGCGAUCCACAUCCCCGAGGGACAGAAGGAUUGGCAGGAGUGCACCGACGCGGACCCCUUCGGCCCCAAUGGUGACCAGAGCGAGGACCCCUUCACCUCGGGUGCCCUGACGAGAGUCAUCGAGCACACCAACAACUUCAUCAUCGCCAGCGGCAACCUCGACUACCGCGUACCUACCAACGGCACACUCUAUGUGCUGCAGAACAUGACCUGGAACGGAAAACAGGGCUUCGACGAGUUCCCCAGCAAGACAUUCUUCCUCCCCACCGCGUACAGCGACCUGUCCUCGCAGAGCGCCGCGGGCAAGAUCGGCGACUGGGUUGAGCAGAGAGGCCUCAACUUUGCUAGAGUUUUCAACGCCGGACAUGAACUUCCGGAGUACGCUCAGGGUGCGGGCUACCGUCUGCUUGAGAAGCUUCUAGGCCGCGUAUCAGAUCUGGCAUCCGAUGUCAUGUUCACUGCCCUUCCAGGCAACUUUGCGGCUCCCACGAAUGCGACGGCGGCCAGCAAGAAGCUUUAA